AAUCUUGACUUCUUGGGGAAAAAUUUCAUAAAAAUGGAUGAUCGAAGUGAUAUAGCUCAUGAAGGUCCCGGCGGUAUGGAUCCAGAGGGAGUUAUCGAGUCAACUUGGCACGAGGUAUAUGACAACUUUGAUGAUAUGAAUUUGCGCGAAGAGUUACUACGUGGUAUCUAUGGUUAUGGUUUUGAAAAACCGUCUGCAAUUCAGCAGCGUGCCAUCAUUCCUUGUGUGAAGGGUCGUGACGUUAUUGCGCAGGCACAAUCCGGUAUGUAAUUAAUUUAUUAUUCGGCCCU